AGUUUCACUGAGCUCUCGCUGGUCUGAGUGAGGAGGUCUCUGAAAAAACAUUUACUGAAGAGAACAAAUAACAAACAUGAAGCUCACCGUCCUUCUGCUUACUGUGGUGCUGUGCAGCCUGCAAGUGGAGGCGGAACAAGUGAAAUUUGGUGCACUCUGUAGUGGAAAUCCUGGAAACACCAAGAGAGGCUGUGAUAUAAGAUGGGGUUGUGGAAACUACGGAGCAAGCCGGAAAAGAAAGGACGGAUCUACUUAUAAACACUUGGGUUUGGAUAUCGUGUGCAAAGACGGUGCCACAGUCUACGCUCCAUUUGACGUGAUCCUCAGGGGAAAAGCGGUCCCGUACAGAGUAAACAAUGCUAUCAACGAUGGAGUCACUCUCAGUGGGGGAGGUUUGUGCUUUAAGCUGUUCUACCUGCACCCGGAUAAAUACACCGGGACGGUGAAGAAGGGUCAGAAGCUGGGCAAACUGCUGCCCAUGCAGAAGGUCUAUCCUGGAAUCACCUCGCACAUCCACGUCCAAAUGUGUAACCCAAACGUCAACCCCACCCAAUACUUCUGAACCAAACAAACAGGACCUUCAGAAGAAGUCCUUAUCAAGCCACAUUUACAAAUCUUAAAGUGAAAAUUUGCUGAAAAAUCUGCAUUACACAAUACAUUUGCUGUGUUUGAUGUCCAACAUUUGCUUGUCGCUCAUGGCAUGGAAGCUAUUAGGGUAAUGUAGUUAACAAGCAUUAUUGCUAGUAAAUUGCUAUUACGGUUUUCAGCUAUGCUAAUACACUUUAGUCCAUGUUUAUUAUUGUAUUACAACAUAUAUAUGAUGUGUAUUACAAUGUCAGAAGCCACAUAAUCAAGUGCAUUAGAGAUGAGUCUAUUUGUAUGAUGCUAAUUGCAUAAUUUCACAAUAAGGGGGUAUGUGUAACAGCAUUAUGUAAUCAAAAUAAAAACUGCCACUGUAUCACAGAAACUUCCUA